GGAAACCAGUCAUCACCAGCCAGACCGCCCCAGAUGGAUCGGCAGGUGCCUGUAGUGGCAUCCAUAUGGAAGCUCUUAGGGUCGCAACAAGGGGCCGGCAACAGCACGAGCCGGCAUGGACAGAAAGUCAGGACAGGAUGCGCUGGAUGCAAGGCAGCACGAGUCAAGUGCAACGAGGACCGGCCAGCUUGCAGUCGCUGCCGCCGCCGUAAGACGGCCUGCGUCUACCCGUCCGUUACCCACCGGACAGGCGCGGUUUGCAAUGACCGACGUCAGCUGCAGCCGCGGCCCCUCCUCCCGGCGGGCAGCAGCGGCGGUGGCAGCAGCACGGGGCCCGCGACGGCCUGCCCCAUCGUCCGUAUCACGGUCCCCCCGGGUGCGGUGAUGAAGCCCUGGGAUGGGAUAUACUACGAGACCUUCCGCCACCGCGUGAUCCUUCAGCUUGGUGACGCGGACGGCGAGUUCUGGCGCCGGACCGUGCUGCGCGAGAGCACCCGUGAUACAUGCAUCCACAGCGCCAUUCUCGCCCUCGGCGCGCUCGCUCGUGCUCAGGAACAAAGAGCGGAGUCGUCAUCGCGGGUACCUCUUUGCAAGAUGGAGCUGGGGCGCGGCAACCAGAGCAAGAUAGGCGCGACGGGUCCAGACCACUACUACCCAGCUCUGGCGCACUACACAAGAGCGAUAGGCCAGUUCCGCAGCCUCAUCGCCACGGCGAAUAGCGGCCGGCCCAGCACGACCAGGUCGAUCCUCAUUGCCACCGUCCUGUUUGUUGCGUUCGAGGUCAUGCAAGGCAAUACGAGCGCCGCGGACCAGCUGGGCGCCUACAGCGUCUCGUUGCUCCGCGACACAAUCAUGGAGGGCAGCCUGAGCGGUAAGCGCAACGGCGGUGACAAUGAAAGCAUAAUACAGCCCUACAGUGAGUCACUGAUAGCCGGCAAGCUGGAUGAUGAUGGUGUCAGUGAGGCCGAAGUUGCGCUCGUGCGUAAUACGAUUUUCAGCUCGGGCCUAUCACCAGUGUACACCAAGGGCAGGCAGGUUCUCUUCGACCUGCCCAUGCCCAGCUUCUACGGCGCAUGGCCCCCUGGUCCAGAAGCUUCCCGCAAAGUCUUCUCUCGCCUGUGGGAGCGCUGUAUCGGUCUGUCAGCACUGUGGUACAUCCGGGCUCAGUCGACCAUGCAUGCCGUUCGCGGUGGCAACAGUGACGGCCGUAGGCGCGACGGCAUUCCCACGGCAGACUUGCCGCCACGACACCACAGGGAGCGCCGCGAGAUCCUGAGUGUUAUUGCGGCAUGGCAGAGUGCCGUGCGGCACAGACUUGUCGUGGCUGCGAGGAACAAGGUCCAGCAAGGACAUGACAACCCUCUUGAACAGGGGGAUAACAGCCCGGACGCAGUGUACGAGCACUACUGGUCCAUGUCCGUGGUAAUAAAUCACUGUCACGAUGCCAUGCUCCACGUGUUCGACUCCUCUUCCCGGUCAUGGGAGUCUGAUGACUACUCACUCUCGCAGAUCGACGCGAUCUUGUCAUCAGCAGCAAGGCGUCGAAGACGUGCGGAGGGCGAGGGCCCUGUCAUAACGACUUUGCCGCCCUCUGUGGCGGGAACAUCUUCAUCGUCGGCCACGGAAUCUCCAUCUCCACGCAUCCACUGCGUCGGUCAGGAGGGCUUGAUGUCGGUCCUUGCGCAAACCGCCCAGGAGAAUCGCCACCCUGCGACACGGCGCCGCGCCAUGGAGCUCUGGGGCCGGAUGGUCGACGGCCACUCGCACUGGGACGUGCAGAGCGCAUAUUUGGGAGCCAUGGCUGUCAUGCAAGUCGAGGAAGAAGAGUUAAGAGACAAGCAGCGGGAACCCAGGACUGGAGCCAUUCCGUUGGAAUAUCAGUACUUCUGGUCUAGCGGCUCUUGGAAUGACGACUAUUCCGAGUUCCAGGCAGUGCUCACUGCGAAGGUGCCGGGCCUAGACGGCAUUGCUGUCCAGCGAACAGUUGCCAUGCCUGCCCUUCAUAGGUAGUUUUCUCGCAAACUGUAUUAAAGCCUAUCAUCUAGUCCACGAUAACAGGAGGGCGGUCCUUGCCACUCGCCUGCCGGCAUUGCGG